GGCGACAUGCUUACUAAUCUGCCUUAUGCUCCACGUGAUAAGCUUUAUUCCUGACGCAGGGACCUUGGGGGUGAAGCUAGUCCGCUUUGGGAAGCCUCGAUGCAUUUCUUGUCGCUUACAAAACGCGCGGUUGAAAUAAGAGAAAAGCUGGUCUGAGCUCACUCGAAGUCUCCGUUUAUUAAUCUUAGACGUCCGCCUUGUUACUGCUGGCCUUCUUCUUCCUCUAUCGGUACCAUGCCUCAGCUGUGCUGUUGACCUACAGCUGGAUCAGCACUGUUCACGUCCGUGACGCUUCUGAAGCUGCGGUGGCGUAUGGGUUGAGCGGGGUGAGGAAUUGAUACAUUCGAUACGGAGCCUGGAUCAAGAGGUUUCGCCUCUCUGCCAGCAGGAUGUUGUCAGAAAAUGAUGCUCGGGGUUGGAUAAUGAGCUGCAUCAGCGGCAUUGGUAUGUCGAAUCUAGUAUUUUUUAACAUACGUCAUACUGAUGAUUGGAUGUAACAGCGUGUGCCAUCGGAUCCGGCCUCAUCUGCGUGGACGUUGUUGCGCAAUACCUUGGCAAGAAGGACUUUAAGAUAGCGGAGAGUGAUGUUUUCCUCUCAUCAUCGUUGAGCCUGAGUGGCGGCGUGGUCCUUUUUACCGCCUUGUAUAGUAUGUUGCCUACCUCCAAGGGCUACCUGACUCGAGCCGAAUAUUCCCCACAAUUAGCGGCAUACACCCUCAUAGCGCUCUUCUUCUCUGGUAUCAUCGUUAUAAACAUCUUUUCCACUUUGCUGCACCGAUGGAUGCCCUCCCACGUUGUCAGUUGCGGGCAUUCACAUUCACGUCCUCAUAAAGCCAAAGAUAUCGAGCAAGCAGCGGAGGCGGCGAAUAAUACGCACCCUGAAAUCACAGAGACCACUCCCCUCUUGCCACAUAGUCAUUGCGCUUCUAGGUCUAGUGGCCCGGUCGCCCCUCAUCAGCAGCAUAACGGUGCAUUGCCCCAGCCGGACAUGGGAACACUGAACAAGCCGUCAGUUACAGCACAGCUCUCGGAGCAGAUAACCCGUAUAAUGGGCGGUUCUUCCAAGCCUUCAUGUGCAAACGGCAAAUGCUUCGGCGUUUCUCAAGCUUGCGGGCUCGAGUGUAGGAAGCUCAGGGUACAGGUCAAAUCUGGGGAAAUCACCGACGUUACCGACAUUACCCAUCCCGCAGCUAAUAACAGAGAUGCCGCUCCUCAGUCAACCACUACCGAAGACGCUAACGCUGGCCAUCUCACCGAACAAGUCGUCCUCGGUACAUCGUCCAGUGCUGCAACCACCGCUUAUGCCCCUUCGCCUCCUUCCGAACAACCCUCAGCACAUCAUCACCAUGUCCCACAGAAUGCCUUCUUAUCCAUCGGUCUCCAAACGUCCCUCGCCAUAGCCUUGCACAAACUGCCAGAAGGAUUCAUCACGUACGCAACGAACCACACUAACCCCACCCUCGGUUGGUCAGUUUUCGUCGCAAUAUCCAUUCACAAUAUUACAGAGGGAUUCGCCAUGUCUCUACCUCUCUACCUAGCACUCAAGUCACGGCUCAAAGCUAUAAUUUGGUCCAGUCUUCUAGGUGGUAUCAGUCAGCCUGCGGGGGCUGGAAUAGCGGCCCUCUGGAUUUGGGGUUCAUCUGGCACCGGCCGACCUAUUAAUGAUGGACACCCUGAUGGGCCCUCUGCGGCUGUAUAUGGGUGUAUGUUUGCCGUCACAGCUGGUGUUAUGACGAACGUAGGCCUGCAGCUCUUUGCCGAAAGCAUGAUGCUCUCCCACAGGAGAGGACUGUGCAUAGGUUUCGCCUUUGCUGGCAUGGGUAUUAUCGGUCUCAGUUUUGCAUUGACUGCUAAAUAA